UAUUCAGAUCGGGCUGCCCAUAGGCCCUGAGCAUAUGCAUGUGAAUCUGAGCUCACCUCUCUCUGAUUCUAUAUAACGACGACUAAAUUCUCUUUUCUCUCUCUACCGGUGUUUGAGUUUUGAAGGUCCGAUGUUGUUCUUUCUUUGUUCGAAAUAUAACAGAAAGUAACGUAUGCCAUGUUGUUCUAGUUCUAUAAUUAAAAACAAGACUUGUUGUUGUUGUUGUUGUUUCUUCACUUCUUGUUUGUGGUGGCCGUACGUCAGGACGUUGCCGCACUUUUGUUUUUUUUUUUUAAGGCGACGUUGCCGCACUUGUUACCGUUUCUGAAAAGCAACGUUAACCUCCAGUUUAGCCAUGGCUACCAGAGGAUUCCUUUUAUAUCUGCUGUCAGGUUUCUCAGUAGCCAUUCUCUCCGUACUGUUCAUCAACAAGAACAACAACAUGUACCACAACUCAACUCUCUUGCACUCUCCAAAUGUAUCCAGUGUUGAUAAAGUUUGGCCUGAAUUGGAGUUGAAUUGGAGGCUUGUACUGGCAACAGUCAUAGGAUUUCUGGGGUCCGCAUGUGGAACGGUGGGUGGGGUUGGAGGAGGAGGCAUUUUUGUUCCAAUGCUUACCUUGAUUGUUGGAUUCGAUACCAAAUCUGCUGCUGCUAUUUCCAAAUGCAUGAUAAUGGGGGCAUCAGCAUCAUCAGUUUGGUACAAUCUUCGAGUGCCGCAUCCAACAAAGGAAGUGCCCAUAAUUGACUAUGAUCUGGCUCUUCUCUUCCAGCCAAUGUUGAUGCUUGGCAUUACUGUGGGGGUGGCUUUGAGCGUGGUUUUUCCUUAUUGGCUCAUUACUGUGCUCAUCAUUAUUCUCUUCUUAAGUACCUCCUCAAGGUCUUUCUACAAGGCAACGGAAAUGUGGAAGGAAGAGACAAUUUUAAAGAAAGAACUCACCAGGCAACAAGAAACUCUAGUUAAUUCCAGGGGUGAACUCCUGAUAGAUGCAGAGUAUGAACCAUUGGUUCCAAGAGAAGAGAAAUCAGAACUGCAAAUAUUAUGUUUCAACCUAAGGUGGAAAAGACUUUUGAUACUGGCUACUGUGUGGGUCCUUUUCACACUUAUCCAAGUCAUCAAGAAUGAUUUGGUUGUUUGUAGCACUUGGUACUGGGUGCUGUUCUGCUUACAGCUCCCCAUAGCAGUAUUGGUUUUUGGAUAUGAAGCAACCAAAUUGUACAAAGAACACAAGAAGAGAAUGAGCACAGGGAACAGAGAAGCAAUUUGUGAAGCUUCAAUUCAAUGGAGUCCAUUGAACAUUGCAUUUUGUGCACUCUGUGGUAUCUUGGGAGGUACCGUUGGAGGCUUGCUUGGUUCUGGAGGAGGAUUCAUUUUGGGUCCUCUCCUCCUGGAGAUUGGUGUCAUUCCCCAGGUUGCUAGCGCAACAGCAACAUUUGUAAUGAUGUUCUCUUCAUCCUUAUCCGUAGUGGAAUUCUAUUUGCUCAAGAGGUUCCCUAUUCCCUAUGCUUUGUACUUGAUGGGAGUAUCUAUUUUGGCUGGCUUCUGGGGACAGUAUUUCGUAAGGAAACUAGUUUCAAUCCUAAAAAGAGCUUCACUUAUUGUAUUCAUCCUCUCUGGUGUCAUCUUUGCUAGUGCUCUCACAAUGGGAGUCAUCGGCAUUGACACAAGCAUUCAAAUGAUACACAACCAUGAAUUCAUGGGAUUUUUAGAUUUUUGCAGUAGCCAAUGAUCGUUGGCAAAGAUGCUUGAGAAGAUGGGAUAAGGGAUGUUGUGUGAGAAUAGACAAAUUUGGAAGGAAAGCAAGAAGAUACCAUAGGAUAUCGGCGAGGAAAAUGUUGAUUGGCAUUAGCAACAUUGGCCUUCCCAAAGAAUGCUACAGUUUAAGUCUAAACGGGGAUUUUGGCCAACAUCUAGUUGACCAAUCCAAAAUUUAGUGUCCUGUAAGAAUAAAAAUUGCCAGUUAAGUGUCUAUCGAGUCUGUCUGCAGAUUUGUUUGGGUUGUGACAGUUAGCUCCUGGCUAACACCAACAACUCCAACUGUGUAAAAGUGUCUGUCCGUCUUUCUAUAGACAUGUCUGGGCUUGACUGUUAGCUCCUGGCUGACACCACCUUCUCCAUUUAUCCUCCAUUGCCUUCACUCUUAUUCGUGUAUUCCGAUAUUCCUUCAAUGUCCUCAAUAAAGAAAUGUUAUACUAUCUUUUUAA